CGCUUCAGCACUUCCUGUGCGUCAGUAACUCGGCGCGAGUCGGUGACUGGAAUCAGCAUGUUAUUCAUCAGUAACAGGGUUAAAUUCUGCUCGCUGGCGUUCACCGCGGCGCGUAUGUACGCCACCGGAGCUCAAGCCAACAACAACCCGGUGGUGUUCUUCGACAUCGCGGCGGACAACGAGCCGCUCGGUAGAGUCACCUUCGAACUGAAUGCGGAUGUUGUGCCCAAAACAGCAGAGAACUUCCGAGCUCUGUGCACCGGUGAGCAUGGAUUCGGAUACAAGGGCUCCAUCUUCCACAGAGUGAUCCCACAGUUCAUGUGUCAGGGAGGAGAUUUUACAAACCACAAUGGAACCGGAGGAAAGUCCGUCUACGGUCCGAGAUUUCCGGAUGAGAAUUUCAGACUGAAACACACCGGACCAGGUAUUCUGUCCAUGGCUAACGCCGGACCCAACACGAACGGAUCCCAGUUCUUCAUAUGCACAGCCAAAACAGAGUGGCUGGAUGGGCGGCACGUUGUGUUCGGCAGCAUUAAAGACGGGAUGGAUGUGGUGAGGAAGGUGGAGGAGCUCGGCUCUCGCUCGGGAAGAACCGCCAAGAGAAUCAGCGUCACCGACUGCGGAGAGCUCAAGUAGAGUCAGCAGUCGUUUCUUCUGUCCUGCUGCAGAUUCAGACUACUCCAUGUUCACAAGGGACAAAAGCUCCAUAAUGUGAAACUCAAGACACUUUUGGAUUAAAGGAAUAGUCUUUAUUUACUCGCUCUCAUGUCUUUGCAAAGCUGUGUGACGUAAAAAAAAAUUCAUGCAACACAAAGGGUGAAUUUUUAAGUUCUUUAGACUUAUAGUGACCAAAAAGGGCUAAAUCUGCAUGAAAGCACUUGUGCAUUAUAUUCAGAGUCUUCUGAAGUCAUGCACUUUUAAAGUCAUUGUGCAGAAAAACAUAAUUAUUUUGUAUUCCAAGGAAAAAAAACACAUCUUACGGGUUUGAAGUGACAUGAGGACGAGUAAAUACUGUCAUUUUUACAUGCAUUAUUCCUUUACAGUAACUGUAAACUAAUAAAUGUCAUUUUUAACGUCAUUCUCAGGUAAAAGCCAUGUUUAUUCUGGACUGACUGCAUGAUUAUGAAUUAUGGCCAGUGUGCUUCAGUAUUCGUCACUUGAGUUUGAUUAAUAAAGCCGAGAGCAAUAAGACAUGA